GAUCUCCGAUCAGACUUAGAACCAUCCAAUUCUUCAAACAUAGCAUCUGAUCUUCCCAUGUCUCCCGAAGACAGUCAUCAAGACUUAUCUGGUCCAGAUGUAGAACCUGCCUCAGGAACAUCUUCAAAUUCAACUUCUGCUACUGUUAAACCGCCAUAUUCAUACAUAGCUCUGAUAACGAUGGCAAUUCUGCAGUCACCUCAUAAGAAAUUGACACUGAGUGACAUAUGUGAAUUUAUAAUGUCAAGGUUUCCGUAUUAUCGAGAAAAGUUUCCAGCUUGGCAGAAUUCUAUCAGGCACAAUCUCAGCCUGAAUGAUUGUUUCGUCAAAGUACCGAGAGAACCUGGCAAUCCAGGUAAGGGCAACUAUUGGACCCUAGACCCUCUCGCCGAAGACAUGUUCGACAACGGCUCUUUCUUGCGCCGCAGAAAGCGCUACAAACGUCCUCCAGUCGGUGGUGGAAAUUGCAUAGGUCCUUCUCACCUCAGUUUUCUGGAACCAUACCCAGUUCCACCUUUACAAUACCAUCCCGUAUAUUCCCCUUAUUUACCAAUUUUACCACUUUGCUAUAGUUCCACUUUAAUCAAACCUGUUCCUUUGAAUGCCAAUGGCACACCAGCUCCAAGUGGAGAUACCGCUCAUUAUUUGAAUUCAAGAAGAAGAGUUGGAUUUAGCAUCGAAAGUCUAAUUGGAUCUCAAGCAGAAUCCACAAGGAGCAGUAGUAAGAGGAGCGUUUCUGCGUUUUCUCCAAUGAGUGGUACUGAUCCAGAGUGGAGUUGA